AAGAAACAAGAAAAGGUUUAGGGUUAAAAUAUUUAAAAAGUUUUUGUAUUUAGUUUUUAUAUUGAAAACUCGCUUCAUAUUUUUAUCAUGAAAGAACAGUAAAGAAAAUCAAAUGAAAAUGAAAUAAAUAAAAGCUUGUGAAGAAGCAAUGGGCGGAAUUUUUUUGCUGUUUUAUGACAAAUAAUUUUAUUUAUAAAUGGAGUCGUCUGAGGUUUCAUUCGCUGAUACAAAAACACUCACAGACCAAGAAAAGAAAAUUCUUGAAAACCAGGAUUCGCGUAUAGUGAGUGACUUUGUCGCUAAAAAAAUCGAGGCAGAGGUUAAAAAGAAUUGGGAUCUAUUUUACAAAAGGAAUGAGACAAAGUUUUUUAAAGAUAGACACUGGACGACGCGAGAGUUCAUAGAGCUCUCAGGUCUAGUCCUGGACAAUGAAAGAAAGAUACUAUUAGAAGUCGGCUGUGGCGUGGGAAAUUUGAUCUAUCCUUUGAUCGAAGGCAGCAAGGGAAAUUUCAAGGUUUAUGCUUGCGAUAUUUCUCCAAGAGCUGUUAACUUUUUAAAAUCACACUCCAGCUAUGACCAAGAGAGAAUAGAAGCAUUUGAGGCUGAUAUUACAAUGCAAGGGUCUCUUGACACAGUGCCUGAAGUUGAUUUGGUCAGCCUCGUAUUCGUUUUAUCAGCCGUGCACCCAAACAAUUUCAUUCCAGUAGUGAAAAAUAUCUAUAAUAAGCUAAAACACGGAGGUACUCUUGUCUUUCGGGAUUAUGGACGUUAUGACAUGGCACAGCUCAGGUUCAAGCCGGGGAAGAAAAUAUCUGAGAAUCUUUAUAUGAGGCAGGAUGGAACAAGAUCAUACUUUUUUACAGUUGAAGAGCUCCGUGAUUUAUUUGAAAGUAAUGGCUUCAAGGAAGUCAUCAAUACUUAUGUGCAUCGCAGGACAAUCAAUGUGAAAGAGAAUGUGGAUGUGCCAAGGAUUUUUGUACAAGCCAAAUUUGUUAAAGUGUAAAAUAAAACUAAUUGUUACAAUUA